AUGACAAGCGAAAGAGGGAUAGAUAGCGAGGAUCCAGAAAUACUUGAUAAUCUAGAGGACACGGAAGAAAUAAAAUGUAUUUGUGAUAAUUCUGACGAUGAUGGAUACACCAUUCAAUGCGAUUAUUGCUUUACUUGGCAACAUGUUGGGUGUAUGAGAGUUGAUCCUAAAGUUGAGGAUUACAAGUGCCAUAUUUGUUCUAAUAGAAAAGUAGAAAAAUUACUAAAGGACGGUAAAAAAUCCAGAAAGUAUCAGAAAGGUCGCCGCGAAAGUGAAUCGGGAAUAUAUCCUCUUUCUGCUACACAAAUGGACGAGUCAAGCACCACAGGCAUACCUAAUACAAAAUCACGUAAUAAGUCCGAUCCACCAUUCAUUGCGAAGGACCGCCAAUCAAGUUCUUAUUCCAAGGAUUAUGAAACCAUAGAUAAAAAUGUCAUCGCAUCGAAAGCAGUUGAAGAACUUUUCCCCAAAAUUUAUUCACAAUAUCAAGCUCAACACAGAAAAAGAUCCAUGUCACUUUCAUCCUCUUCGAAGAUAGACAAUGAAAAUAUUCGCGAUGAUAAUCAGGAAUCGUCAUCUAUUCGAUCGAUGUCGCCUAGUUUGGAAAUUGGCAAUCCAUGCAGGAUGGAAAAGGAAUCUUUAGCUCGACCACUAAUGAAAACUAUUGUUAAACAGAUUAGCCAAUCCCGGUCGAAAAUGCUAAAAAAGCAUUUAAAUUGUUACGGAUUAUUUGCAGAGACAAAUAUUUCUACCGGGCGUUUUAUCGUUGAGUUCAAAGGUGAAGUCUGCUUCAAAUCAGAUUAUAAAGCUUAUGAAAGCAAUCAAUAUUCCUUAUUGGGUGUUACGCAGCCGUUUGUUCUAUUCUAUCCUGUAUUGAACCUCUGUGUUGACGCUCGUCGAUUUGGCACCGAAGCGAGAUUCAUUCGUCGGUCGUGUCACCCUAAUUCCGAAUCUCGAACCAUAGUAGUACCAGGUGGUGACGAUCAACAAGUACAUUUGGGAAUUUUUGCUAAAUCCGAAAUUUUAAAAGGAAGGGAAAUUACAAUUGGCUGGGACUGGGAAUCAAAUCAUAUUGUUGACAUCCUGAUGCAAGAUUCAAAUUUUGAAAAUGAGGAUUAUGAGAAUAUUAUCGCGAAUAAAAGAGAUGAAAUUGGGAAAAUCGCAACAGCAAUUUUACGGUUAACAGAAUGUGCAUGUGAAAACAAGGACGAUUGCAUCAUUUAUAAAAUGCAAAGUGAAGGAAAAAUAUUAAGUAAAUCUAGAAAAAAGAAGAUAGCAAUGAAUGUUGAGGAGAUGUUAAACGAAGGAGAAAAAGAAUCGUCACCAGUAAAUGAUGAUGAUUAUGAAGAAGAUACGGAUAUACUAGUUGCAUCUGGGAAUGCACAGAAAAAACGGGAUAAUGUUGGUUUGAUGCGUAAGGCUAAUCGUAAAGCCAAGCCAAGUGUUGAAAAACUAAAUGAAUUAUCACUCAAUGGAAAUAAUAAAAACUCAUUAGAAGAAAAUGAAGUAUCCGGCCAAAUAAUACGCAAGGAGAAAAAAAAGUCGAAAGAAAUAGAUACGAUUGCAAAGUCCGAUAAUAUUGCUCAAUCUAGUCAAAAAAGUAAAGGAAAAUCGGUUAAUCGAAUUCGGGAAGAGCCAUCCGGAAACAUCAAACGAAAAUCUCUAAGUUCUCGAAAAACGGAAAAAUCCACGGGCAACAAACAUUCCCGUUCAUCAUCGAUGUCUAAAACUGGCAUUUCAAAACGGAGAUUGCAACACAGUGAUGAUGAGGAACAACAUUCGGAUUCAUCUUUAUCAUCAUCAUUAACUAAUUCCGAAAUGUCUAUCGAUGAUGAUCUAAAUGUAUCUAUCAUACAAGUAAAUCCUCCUGAUCGAAAUAAUGUAGACACGAAUAAUUCUAAUGAACCAACUAAGGAUAGUAGUAUUGAGGAUCAAUUACCAGAAAAUUCUAUAGAAACUACAGGUAUAUGUGACAUAUCACAAUCAAAAACCAUCCUUCCGCGGCCACUUCCACCUGCGAUAAGCGGAAUACCUUUUAAGGACUAUCUUAUUCAAAUGCAUGAAUGGAAAAAGGCUGUCGAAACAGCAUCAACUUCUGCAUUAGCAGGAAAUUAUAAUAAUACAUCUUUGCCUACCAUUCAUGAGUCUAAUGUAGAAACUACUUCUGAAUGUGUAGAGCUAGAGAAUAGUAAAUCCAAUGGAUCUAAAAAUAAUUCUAACGAAAUCGAAAUGGAUCUAUUUACGGAUAAAGAUGGGAUUGACCAAGAUGAAGGAUUAGUACCAUUAUCAACACCCAUUAUACCAGCAAAACGAAUGGCAGUUAGUCCUAGUCCCACACCGAUUAAUCAAAAUGGGACAAACCUGUAUAUUGAGAGUGGUUCUGAUGUAAAAGGAAAACGUCAAAAGAUUGAAGAAUGCCAACCAACUAAAGGAAAAGGAAGAGACGAAAAGGAACAAAGCGUCAAAAGUUCACAAGAUAUUAUGACGAUAAUUUUGGAUAAUAGUGAUAACGUUGAAAGUACAACCAUUAUUGCCCCCGGAGAUUUGAAAAAGCAAGUAAUGGAUUCUUCAACCUCUAAUAAUAAUGAAGGUUCGAAAUCCUCAACUUCUAUGCCUAAAAAAGUAACUCUUGAUGAAUAUCGUAGUCAAAUAGCCAUCACAGCUUCAUUAAACAAAGAAUCAUGUGAGAAAAAGUCCACUACAGCAGAUUCAAAACCAUCAGUAUCAUCCGCAACAGAAAAUGAAAAUAACGAUAAUAAACUUAUUGACAAUAAUGACACAUGCUCUACAAAAGAAGGUGUGAAAGUUCCAGUUAAAACAAAACUUCCAUACCAAGACAAGAAUAAGUUAGCAGAAUCUUCUAACAAUAAUAGUGUGGAUAUCCUGAAAAAAUCCAUAGAACAAGUACCUAGUAAUACUAUUGAAGAACCUAAACAGAAGUCAAAUGUAAUUGAAAACAAACCGAUGAAUGAGCAAACCAAAUCCGAGGAAGUUAUGAAUUUAACCGUUAAUGUGUCACCGAAAUCGCCUAAAAUUUUUAAUAUGGCAAUAGAGGAUAAUAAUACCGCUAGUCAGUCUUCUAUGAUAAAUGAUGGAUAUUUUCCCGAGGUUGAUUUACCAUUUGAUUUUCCUACUGCCACUUUGGAUACUUCAAAAGAUAUCGAAUACGGACGUCAUACCAAUUCUAGUCAUUCAGAUGGUUCAUACGAAGAAAUAAGAGGAAGACACUCACCUUCUUAUAAAGAUUAUUCACCUGCUAAAUCUUCUGGUAAUUAUAAUCCUUCGUUUAAUAAUUUGCCCUUGGGUGAUAAUUCUAUACAGACAAGUCCUCGAACUAUGUCUCCACCACGAGCACCUCGUUUUAGUGGUGGUAGAGGAAAUCGCAUGCCAUAUAGGAGCAUAUCUAUGUCCCCAGGAGAUCGCCGUUAUCAUGGCGGAUAUUAUAACUCUUCCGCAUCCUUAUCAGCUACACCGAGGCAAGGUGCACAAUCUUCAAUGAUGUCAUCACCAUUAUCUUCUCCCUAUGAUCCGGCGAACCCAGAUGGACAAAGUGCAAAUAUAUCCAAUGAACGUGAUCCGGCUUUAGAUAAUAAUGUAAUAGGAAAUAAUUCCGGAAGUGGGAAUACAAUGGAACCAAAAACGCGAGAUUACGCGAGGCUUAGUGGAGAUAGAGACGAUGGUAGAAAAGAUUGGAAUAACAAAAGAUCGGAUCAUUAUAGGGAUAGAGAAUAUACUAGUUAUCCUAUGAUGGCUACAAGGAGGCCUUCAAGUGGUCCGCAUCAAGAUAGAUACAUGAUAGGAUCAGUACCUACUGGUCCAGCUGCUGGUCCUAAUCAUAGUCCGUCAAAUAUUUCUAAAAAUAAUGAUCCUUCGUCUUCAUCAAAUAAUUCCUCUCAAAGAUUCGUUGAUGAUCAUCGCAGAAAUCGGCGUUGA